GAGCUCCGAGAGUCUGCAACAGCGGCUGCCAGUGCGUCAUCAGAGAGCGCCGGAAGCGGUCCGAGAAUGAAGAGUGUGAUCUACCAUGCAUUGUCUCAGAAAGAGGCGAACGACUCCGAUGUCCAGCCUUCAGGAGCACAGCGGGCCGAGGCCUUCGUGAGGGCCUUCCUGAAGCGCAGCACGCCCCGCAUGAGCCCACAGGCCCGCGAGGACCAGCUGCAGCGCAAGGCGGUGGUCCUGGAGUACUUCACCCGCCACAAGCGCAAGGAGAAGAAGAAGAAAGCCAAAGGCCUCUCUGCCAGGCAAAGGAGGGAGCUGCGACUCUUUGACAUUAAACCAGAGCAGCAGAGAUACAGCCUUUUCCUCCCUCUCCAUGAACUCUGGAAACAGUACAUCAGGGACCUGUGCAAUGGGCUCAAGCCAGACACGCAGCCACAGAUGAUUCAGGCCAAGCUGUUAAAGGCAGAUCUUCACGGGGCUAUUAUUUCAGUGACAAAAUCCAAAUGCCCCUCUUAUGUGGGUAUUACAGGAAUCCUUCUACAGGAAACAAAGCACAUUUUCAAAAUUAUCACCAAAGAAGACCGCCUGAAAGUUAUCCCCAAGCUAAACUGCGUGUUCACUGUGGAAAUCGAUGGCUUUAUUUCCUACAUUUAUGGGAGCAAAUUCCAGCUUCGGUCAAGUGAACGGUCUGCAAAGAAGUUCAAAGCGAAGGGAACGAUUGACCUGUGAAUUCUUUGCCAUCUAAGGCAGUUGUUUAUGACAGCUGGAAACUGGACACUCCCUAAAUGUCCACCUUUCAGUGAAGAGAUGGUUAAGGCAAUUCCAUUUAUAGACCACCUCCAGCCAGUGACGCUCCAAGUUGAGGAUGUUGAACAACAUGGGAAGGUCACAGUGUACUAAGUAAAGAAGUCAGAGGACAGAGGAAUUUCUCUUUCUAGGAGAGCUUCAUUUUGUGUGACUCCCAUGGAGAGGAACAGACUGGCAGGAAGCACACCGGGUUUAACACCGGUUGACUUGAAUAGGAUUAUUCGAUUUUUAAAAAUGCUUUUCCAUGUUUUCUGAGUGCUCUAUGAUAAAUCAGUUGCAUCUGUGAUAAUACAAUACACAUGUGGACAUAAACAGGGAUCAAAUAAAGGAGGUAUUGCUGCA